AUGGAAUCUGGACAGUCUGUUAUGCAAAUCAACAAGUUUGCUUCUCAAGCAUUAACUACAAGAAACUCAAAUGUCAUGUCCAAUAGUCCAGCUGAAUUUACUCGUAGAAAGAACUGGUCUCAAAAUGUAUUGGAGGAGCUUCGAGAUGUAAUCCAUGUCCUGUCUUCUGAUCUCAAUGUGCUGUACUGCUCUCCUGCCUCGCGUGAAUUCCUCGGUUAUCAGCCUGCUGAAUUGAUGGGCCACAGCUUCUCUGAGUAUAUCCAUGUGGAUGAUGUCGAUAUGUUCACUCGUGAAUUCCGCGCUGCUCAGACAAACGGCUCUAUCAUGCGUGUUUCUUAUCGCUUCCUGAGAAAGGAUGGCAAAUACGCAACCUUGGAAACCAGAGGCCAUUUCUUCAAGCAAGGUUUCUUUGGUUCCGCUCGCAGUGUGCCUGCUGAAAUGACUCGCAUGAUGGAUACUUUUUUGGAUUACAAGAUGGAGAAUGAGAUCUUGAAGCGUAAGGUAGCUAUUGCCAAGGCCAAGGCCAACCAAGGAAGAGCUGCUCCCAAGCAACCAUCUCACCAAGAACCUUCACCUCAAGAGACAUUGACCAAUACCCCUGGCAGCAGUGUGCGUGAUGAUACCUCUCAUAACCCCAGCUAUGGCGAUAAUGAAUAUGAUGAAGAUGACUACGAGGACGGUUUCGAAGAACUCUUUGCUCCUUCUGCCAAUGUAUAUACUCAAGGUGUACUCAAUACUUAUGGUGUGUCUGAAUCCGUAUCACUCUUCACUGGUCUUCACUUUGAUUUAGGUGAGCGUUCUCGUGGUAUUUCUAUGGGCCUGGAGGGUGAGUUGUUCAACACCUUGGUGGCUCCUACCAUUGGUGAGGAAGGUGGCGCUUCUAAUGAGACAGUUGACAAGUUGAAGUCCGGUAAAAAGAGACGUAACAAUGAAGAUGACGCCGAGCGUAUCUGUACUGAUUGCGGUAGAACCGAUGCUCCUGAAUGGAGAAGAGGCCCCAGAGGUCCCAAAACCUUAUGCAAUGCAUGUGGCUUAAGAUGGGCAAAGACAAACAAGGCGCAAGGAGGAGAUGCCCACGAUAUGCAAGAGUCCUAA